AUGCCUCUCGACACCUCUACGACAUAUCCUCUCACGAAACUGCGCCUUGACGGCCGGCGAUGGAACGAGCUCCGGCUGAUUCAAGCACAAAUAUCUACGAACCCCGCUAGCUCUGGGUCUUCCUACUUGGCAAUGGGGAAUACAACUAUUCUAUGUUCCGUACAUGGCCCUGCGGAAGGGCGUCGAGGCGAUGCGACCGGUGGUGCUGCGGGAUCCUCAGGCGCAGUGGUGGAAGUCGAUGUGAACAUCGCAGGGUUUGCAAGCGUUGACCGGAAAAGACGGGCAGGCGGAAGUGACAGGCAAUCCGGCCGCAUUGCCUCGACCUUGCGCUCCGCUUUUCAGUCGCAUCUUCACACAUAUCUUUACCCCCACAGUACAAUCAGUAUUCACGUCUCUGUCUUGUCAGUGGAUGGAUCACUUCUCGCCGCAGCGGUCAACGCCUGUACGCUGGCCCUUGUGGAUGCCGGGAUACCAAUGCCUGGUCUUUUGUGCGGAUGUACAGCCGGCAUGAGUGGCAGUGCCUCUACGCCAAGAGAUCCAAUGGACGACACCUUAGAUCCUUUAUUGGAUGGUUCUUUGCCGGAAGAGCAGGAGCUCCCGUUCCUCACUGUUGCAACGACGUCGGUGCCGGCUGUGAUGACGGAUGGGGAGGAGGAUGACAUGAAGGUAUCAAUGUUGACGAUGGACUCCAAGGUUCAUCAUACGUACAUCGAGACGAUGUUAGCUGUGGGGGUAGACGGGUGUAAGCAGAUUCGCGAGAUUCUUGAUGGAGUCAUCAAAGGAUCGAGCCAAAGGUGA